CCAAAACCCAGUAUCUCUCUCUCUCUCUCUCUCCCUCUGAGCUCUCCAUGGCUUCCAACACCACCAUCCAAGCACUGCCUUACGGAUCCGACCCGACUACCCCCAACACCACCUUCGUCCAAGCCGACCCAUCCAAUUUCCGGGCUGUCGUUCAGAAACUCACCGGAGCACCUGAAGAUCCAUCAACCCCGAAGCUCCCCCUCACUCUUCCUUCUCGACUUACGGCGCAACACAAGCCAACCACCACCGGCGCCGCCGAGAUAGGGCCGAAACGGCCCGCCUUCAAGCUCCAUGAGCGACGGCACACGGCCAAGAAGCUGGAGCUGAACGUCGGCGUUGCGGAAAGACUACCCAUAUUCUUCAAUGGUGGGAACAGAGGAGUGAUGAUGAGUUCGCCGGUGUCGGCGUUUGAGCUGAUGGCGCGUGGAAGCCCACGCACGCCGAAGGAAGAAGAAGAGAAGGCGAUCGCCGAGAAAGGCUUUUACUUGCACCCAAGUCCACUGAACACACCACGAGGCUCUGAGCCUCCUGAGCUAUUGCCGCUGUUUCCAUUGCAUUCUCCAAGAGAGAACGAAGCUAAGUCUUAGCUUCUUGACGAAGUGUCAUUAUGUUAUGUUAUAUUAUGUAAUUUUUUUAAUUUUUAAUUUUUAAUUUUUAAUUACCAAUUUAAUCUUACUCAACUAUUAGCCUUGCUUUGUUCUUUUCUUCUUUCGCUUGACAUGUUUUGACCGUCGGAUUACCUCUGCCCAUUCUACGGCUGAGAUUCGUCAGUGCUGUGGAGAGAAUGUGUGGGACUUUUAUUGAGAAACUUCGUAUAUAGAUGCUAUUAUGAGACUAAUCAUUUUGUUUUUCUUUCUGCAAUACUCUGUCCUAGUGGAUGCUACUGUCUUUGGUAGCUAGUGACCUGAUCUUAUUAAUAAAAUAUAAAAAAUGU